GUCUAUUUAAGUUGAGUCUGAACCACCGUUCUUGGUCGGGACUUGAUGCAUGGAUGUACUCCUCGUGGACGCUUCUCCUGCCGCACGUCUCGCUUUAAAAUCCUUCGUAAACUCACCAAGCGUCGCUGUGGAGUUAUUGAGUCUGUUUAGCUGAUUGGAGAGCUAGCUUCUGCAGCUAGUGGGUUCAUGACGAUGACUUCUGUUUUGUCUGAUGAGCCAUUUUACUACCGUGCUACACCGUUUGGAAACAAUGAAGAUCCUGCAAGGCCAUGGGCGUCCACGGUCUUACGACCUUUGUGGAGGGGAACAGACUCUUUCUUCUGGACGUGCGGUUCAGAGACAGCCGCCUGGUCAUCGACGGCAGCAGUCUGUACUUCAACCUCUAUUUGAAACACGGCUUGGACCGGCGGCACGGAGGAGACUACGACGCCUUUGCCUGCGUGCUGUGUCAGUUCCUCUCAGCCCUGGAGGCCAGUAACAUCCAGCCUUACGUGGUUCUGGAUGGAGGGAUGGACCCCAGCUACAAGAAGAUGGACACUCUGCAGCAGCGUCUGCAGUCCAAGAUAAAGGAAGCGGAGAACAUGUCCCAGGGCCGCAAUGGCUCCGUGCUCCCCAUCCUGACCAGGGAGGUCUUCAUUCAGGUCCUCCGUCAUAGGGGGGUGCCCCUGGUCCAGUGUCCUGCUGAGGCCGACUGGGAGAUCGCCUGUUUGGCUCACCAGUGGAAGUGUCCGGUUCUCAGCAACGACAGUGAUUUUUUUAUUUUUGACCUGCCAGGUGGAUACAUGCCACUCAACUUUUUCCAGUGGACCAACCUCAGCGGGAAAGCGUCCCAGCGCUACAUUCCAGCCCGGUGCUACAACACAAGCGUUCUGUGCCGGUGCUACGGCGGACUGAACGUGGAUUUACUGCCGCUCUGCGCUGUUCUGACCGGCAACGACUACGCCACCCCGAGAGACGCCGAUACCCUCCUGGCGCUCAUCGACGCCAGCGUGUUGGGGAGGAACGGCGGCAGAGGGAAAAGUAAAGCCCCCUCGUCCCGCAUCGACGUCUUGCUCCGCUGGCUGUCGUCUUUUGCCGGUUCCGCCGAGGCCUUGGCGGAGGUGAGCCGGCUCAUGGGAGCAGGCGGGCUGAGUUCCCAGCUGCAGGCGGGCAUGCAGGAGUACCAUGUCCGCCCUCAAAGCCCCCUGGCAGGCUGGUUUUCCCCACGCAAGGCAGCACCAGGAGGGCAGAAGUCGCCAUUACCCGAGCGGUUUUUGCACGCGGCGGCUCAGGGGCUUUUAGCGCCCCUUGUGGUCGACGCUGUGGUCACGCGCAGAGUGCUGCUCAACCCGCAGGUGGAGAACAGCAAACAGCCCAGCAGCCACUGUAGCGCCAGAGCGAUACGCCAAGCCAUAUAUGGGAUACUACUCCUCCGGGGGGGUUCUGUUCCAGACGGUCUGACCCAGACCGGGGGAAAGGGUCCCGGUAGAGUUCUACCCACUCCACAUGAAGGAUUUGGCAUCGAUCAAGCCCACGGCCCGCCAACACACGUGUCCAGCACUCCCGUGUUUGUGGAGGAGUUGGAUCGACUUAACCUCGGCUUGAAGAAAAACCGAGUGCAGGCUCUGCUGCUGAAGUCACAUCUACACCUGGACACACUGACCCAGGAACCUGUCAAAGUUCGUCUCAAUGCCCUUUUCGAGGUCUUGCGGGUCAACCAGUCUGCUGUGGCUAACAUCCCCCCACAUUUGAGGCUGGUGGUUGCAGUAACAAGCUUCUGGCUCCAGGAGGCUGUACCCAAGCCUUCACAACCCCAGACCCAGGCCUUGAUCCUUGGGAUGGUCUAUGGAGAGUUGGUCUCGAUAGACCAGAAUGGAGCCACCCACUACCAACAAUCCGUCCCACAGCUCAACUGGUCUGCAGAGCGCGGCGUACUAGGUUGGCUGGACCAACACCGGGUGAAGUCCUCCAGACAAGGCAUGCCCGUCGCAGCGGCUCACAGUUUCAGCCAAUGGCAGGCCUGCCUGUGGAGUGCAGCGUGUCUGAAUCAGCUCUUAUUGCUGCCAUUGCCUGAGCUGCCCCUCGCAUAUUUGUUCAGCGGCACCAUGGCACACGGUCUCCUCGGCUACCUGAAAGGGGGCGGAGCGGCCGAGAUCCUCCUGCCCGAGUCGUCCUUUUCCGGGCACCUCUACUCGACACUUUUACACGCCGUGAGAAACUGCAGCUCCAAGGCGCGCGCUCCUUCAGCGGGACCAGGGCGAGGCCGAGGCGCGGCGCCAGGAAGAAGAGGGAGAGGAGCGGCGGCACCAAGGAGAGGAAGAGGAAGGCGAGGGAAUGACCAGGUCAGGAACAGGUUUGCAGUUUUAGACAUCAACGAGUAAUGCCCAUAAAUGGUGUGACCAAACGGGACCUAAUAUGAAACUAAUUUUGUAGUUUUGAUGGCGGAGUCGCUCCAAUCAACAUUUUGCAUGAAUAAGUGAAAAGUCAAUUAACGAAUGACAAGGUGCUCCAUGUGCAAAACUUAUUCCCAACCUGCAGAAUAUCAUGGCAAAUUUACCCGGUGCCAUGUACAUUUUAAAAAUAUUAUUGAACAAUUUAUUUCCCAUUAAUUUAUUUUAGUAGAAAACAUCUUAUUCAAUUCAAGCUUGAUGAAAAAAGUACAGUGGGGCAAAAAAGUA